UGGACCUGUCAAGUUGACGUCAAGCAAGUAUGACCAACACCGGAAACUGGACUUUUUGUUAUACAAUAAAAGCACGCGAACCUCGCUUGAUUUGAGCCGUGUUCGUGUUUGCCACUCAUAAUUAGAUUAUUAUCAAUUCCGUUAUGGUUAUACUCCUUUAGUGGAUGCUAUAACGUGCGUUAAAUGUAACAGUGAGCGCUUUUAAAUUUGGCACUUAACCGGAUGAGGCGAUAAUGUGUUCCACUUGACAGAAGCUCCUUCCAGGACCAGGAAGGCAGGACUGUCGGUCCAAGUCAGCGCAGACUCGGAGGAACUCACCCGGGAGACACGCACACACCUCCGGGAGACACGCACACACCUCCCCGACACAAACUUUUUUUUACACCUCCUUAAAAGUUUCCCCAGCGAGCCAAGAAUGCUGUGCGGCGCACAGAGAGCGGCGUGUCUCUCCAUUCUGGUGGCCUUGGCCGCCUGCAGCGCUCCCCUGGUUCCGUUAGACGACAUCGUGGUGGAGAAGACGUCCGAACCCGAGCAGUGCGUCCGCGCCGUCCAGGUGGGCGACUAUGUCCGCUACCACUACAACGGAGUGUUCCCGGACGGCAAGAAGUUCGACUCCAGCUACGACAAAGGCAGCACCUACAACGUGUUUGUGGGCAAGCAGCAGCUGAUCCAAGGCAUGGACAAGGCGCUGGUGGGAAUGUGCGUCAACGAGAGGAGGCUGGUGAAGAUCCCGCCACACCUCGCCUACGGGAAGAAAGGAUACGGUGACCUCAUCCCGGCGGACGCCAUCCUCCAUUUUGACGUCCUCCUGCUGGACGUGUGGAACCCCGAGGACGGCGUGAAGAUCAACACCUACCACACCCCCGCCGUCUGCGACAGGAAGGUGGAGGUGUCGGACUACGUGCGCUACCACUACAACGGCACACUGCUGGACGGGACGCUCUUUGACUCCAGCCACACCCGCAUGCGGACGUACGACACCUACGUGGGCAUCGGCUGGCUGAUCGCCGGCAUGGACCAGGGCCUGUUGGGAAUGUGCGUAGGCGAGAAGCGCAUCGUCACCAUGCCGCCGUCGCUCGGAUACGGCGAGAACGGAGACGGUAGCGACAUUCCUGGCCAGGCGUCUCUGGUGUUCGACGUGGUUCUCCUGGACCUCCACAAUCCCAGAGACGGCAUCGUAGUGACCAACCAGCAGGUCCCCAAGUUGUGCCCUCGCAAGACGGUGGAAGGGGACUUUGUGCGCUACCACUACAACGGCAGUCUCCUCGACGGCACCUUUUUUGACUCCAGCCACUCCCGCAACCGUACGUACGACACCUAUGUGGGGCGGGGCUACGUGAUCGCCGGCAUGGAUGAAGGUCUGAUUGGCGUGUGCAUGGGAGAGCGACGCACCAUCACCAUCCCGCCACAUCUCGCCUACGGAGAGGAGGGCACAGGCUCCAAGAUCCCCGGCUCGGCCGUGCUGGUGUUCGACGUGCUCAUCGUGGACUUCCACAACCCGGCGGACAAGACGGAGGUGACGGUCACGCACAAGCCGGACGUGUGCGAGACGAUGAGCAAGAAGGGCGACUUUGUCAAGUACCACUACAACGCCUCCCUGCUGGACGGCAGCAGCCUGGACUCCACCUACAACUACGAAAAGACCUACAACAUUGUCCUGGGGACCAACCACGUGGUCCCCGGCAUGGAGGAGGGGCUAAUCGGAAUGUGCGUGGGCGAGCGGAGGCACCUGGUUAUCCCUCCUCACCUGGGCUACGGAGAGCGAGGCGUCACCGACGAGGUGCCGGGCAGCGCCGUGCUGGUGUUCGAUGUGGAGCUGGUGGACAUGGAGGAGGGACUCCCCGAGGGCUACAUGUUCAUCUGGAACGACGACGUGUCCGUGGACCUCUUCACGGAGAUGGACAAGGACAAGAACGAGCAGGUGGAGCCUUCUGAGUUCACGGAUUACAUCAUGCGUCAGGUGAGCGAGGGCAAAGGUCGCCUGGCGCCCGGCUUCGACCCUUACCGCAUCAUCGACAACAUGUUCAACAAUCAGGACCGCGACAGCGACGGCAAGAUCACGGCGGCCGAGUUCCGGCUCAAAGCGGACGAAGAGGUCGCCCACGACGAGCUAUGACGAGGUUUCGGGGGACCCGGGUCGGCACCCAUAGGGCGGGGAGGGGCGAGGGUAGCUUUUUAUUUUUUUUUCUUGUGUGCCAAUAGAGAUUUAUUGUCUGCUACUUUGAAGACUGAAGCUCGGUUGAGUCUAAUUAGCGGUCCUUCUUUUCAUGUCUACUAAAGUUCCUAUUGGCCCACAAAGUGCAGGUGACAUAAACCACUGCUGGGCCAGCUGCGUCCUGGUGAGGACAAAACAACGCACACUAACUUACUCCGGUCCUCUUUCAUACUCCAUAGUCCACUCUGCUGCCCUCAGUCUCCUCUUGGAUAAAAUGUCUCUUCAUGAUGCAUUCAAUGCGGCGUGGUUUUCCUAGUUUCCUGAAUAUUGUUUAAGGAACAGCACAUGCUAAUGUUAGCUUUACGCCACAGUCUCCACUCUGCUGCCCUCAGUCUCCUCUUGGAUAAAAUGUCUCUUCAUGAUGCGUUCAAUGCGGCGUGGUUUUCCUAGUUUCCUGAAUAUUGUUUAAGGAACAGCACAUGCUAAUGUUAGCUUUACACCACAGUCUCCACUCUGCUGCCCUCAGUCUCCUCUUGGAUAAAAUGUCUCUUCAUGCUAAGACCGAUGCGUUCAGCGCGGCAUGGCUUCCUUAUUUUCUUGAGUCUUGUUUGAGGAAACACACGCUAAUGUUAGCUUUACGCCACAGUCUCCACUCUGCUGCCCUCAGUCUCCUCUUGGAUAAAAUGUCUCUUCAUGAUGCGUUCAAUGCGGCGUGGUUUUCCUAGUUUCCUGAAUAUUGUUUAAGGAACAGCACAUGCUAAUGCUAGCUUUACACCACAGUCUCCACUCUGCUGCCCUCAGUCUCCUCUUGGAUAAAAUGUCUCUUCAUGCAGAGAAUGAUGCGUUCAGCGCGGCAUGGCUUUCCUAGUUUCCUGAGUCUUGUUUGAGGACACGCACAUGCUAAUGUUAGCUGUACACCACAGUCUCCACUCUGCUGCCCUCAGUCUCCUCUUGGAUAAAAUGUCUCUUCAUGCCGAGAAUGAUGCGUUAAAUGCGGCGUGGUUUUCCUAGUUUCCUGAAUAUUGUUUAAGGAACAGCACGUGCUAAUGUUAGCUUUACACCACAGUCUCCACUCUGCUGCCCUCAGUCUCCUCUUGGAUAAAAUGUAUCUUCAUGCUAAGACCGAUGCGUUCAGCGCGGCAUGGCUUCCUUAUUUUCUUGAGUCUUGUUUGAGGAAACACACACGCUAAUGUUAGCUUUACGCCACAGUCUCCACUCUGCUGCCCUCAGUCUCCUCUUGGAUGAAAUGUCUCUUCAUGCCGAGAAUGAUGCGUUCAAUGGUUUUCCUAGUUUCCUGAAUAUUGUUUAAGGAAAAGCACAUGCUAAUGUUAGCUUUACGCCACAGUUUCCACUCUGCUGCCCUCAGUCUCCUCUUGGAUAAAAUGUCUCUUCACGCUGAGACCGAUGCGUUCAAUGCGGUGUGGUUUUCCUAGUUUCCUGAGUCUUGUUUGAGGAACUGCAGAUGCUAAUGUUAGCGUUACUCCACAGUCUCCACUCUGCUGCCCUCAGUCUCCUCUUGGAUAAAAUGUCUCUUCACGCUGAGACCGAUGCGUUCAGUGCGGCGUGGUUUUCCUAGUUUCCUGAAUAUUGUUUAAGGAAAAGCACAUGCUAAUGUUAGCUUUACGCCACAGUUUCCACUCUGCUGCCCUCAGUCUCCUCUUGGGUAAAAUAUGCCCCCGCAUGCCGAGAAUGAUGCGUUCGAUCGGGCGUGGUUUUCCUAGUUUCCUGAAUAUUGUUUAAGGAACUGCAGAUGCUAAUGUUAGCCUUACACCGCAGUUACCACUCUGCUGCCCUCAGGCUCCUCUUGGUUAAAAUGUGCCCCCGCAUGCCGAGAAUGAUACGUUAAAUGCGGCAUGGUUUUCCUAGUUUCCUGAAUAUUUUUUUAAGCAAAAGCAAAUGCUAAUGUUAGCUUUACGCUGCAGUUUCCACUCUGCUGCCCUCAGUCUCCUCUUGGGUAAAAUAUACCCCUGCAUGCCGAGAAUGAUGCGUUCAAUGCGGUCUGGUUUUCCUAGUUUCCUGAGUAUUGUUUGAGGAACUGCAGAUGCUAAUGUUAGCUUUACGCCACAGUCUCCCCUCUGCUGCCCUCAGUCUCCUCUUGGAUAAAAUGUCUCUUCAUGCCGAGAAUGAUGCGUUAAAUGCGGCGUGGUUUUCCUAGUUUCCUGAGUCUUGUUUGAGGAAAUGCAGAUGCUAAUGUUAGCGUUACUCCACAGUCUCCACUCUGCUGCCCUCAGUCUCUUUUUGGAUAAAAUGUCUCUUCACACUGAGGCCGAUGCGUUCAGUGCGGCGUGGUUUUCCUAGUUUUCUGAAUAUUGUUUGAGGAAUCACACACGCUAAUGUUAGCUUUACUCCACAGUCUCCACUCUGCUGCCCUCAGUCUCCUCUUGGAUAAAAUGUCUCUUCAUACCGAGACCGAUGCGUUCAGUGCGGCGUGGUUUUCCUACUUUCCUGCGAUACUGCGCAGUGGACACACCUUAACUCCGUUUAAGUGCCUUUCCUGGAAAUGCCGUCACCCUGAAUGCAUCAUUUAACGAUAGAAAUCCAACGCUCACCCUGUUGCUGUUUUGGUCCACACGUGCAGGGGUCUAUCAACGAAUUCUGGGCCCUCCUUUUUGGUUGAAACCAGCUCUUUAAAACACGUGUAGACACCUUAAUUAGGUUUUGAGAGAAAAACAUUUAUUUUUAAGAAAGCAAUAUUUUCCCCCAAAAUAUAUCAAAGUGUAAUAUUUGAUGUAAAACCAUUAAAACCUUGAAUAGGUCAAUAAUUCAUAGCAACAUUGAUUUUGAUUCAUUAUUUUUUGAGCAAUGAAAGGUUACAUUUUUUUUUUUAAACAGCCUGCAUGGCAGCUUUGUGUUAUUCGUGAACAUUGCAACUUUUUUCUCGUUACAUUUCACUCGUUUGCUCUUUUAUUCCACUUUGUGUUUUUUUUUAGAUAGUAUUAGUAGAAUUUGCCACAGGCCGCUGAAAAAGGAGGUCCUCGGGCCACAGUUUGAACACCCCUGUUUUAGGCGUUUUUAAAUUUGAUUCAUGCAACCUUAUUAUUACAUAUCGUUGUUAACAUUUAUGAGGUCGUUUUUUUUUAUACCUGACAUAUUGCAGUGAAAUCUCGGAGGCCCCUGCACACGUGGCCCGGCUUUUCAAAGUUCAUCAGGUUUUGAAGAUCCGUUUUUUCAAAACCUGGUCUUCAUGUCUGCUUAUGUCGCGCGGGUAAAUGCGAGUACCAAAGUUGAGGAGGCUUAAUAUGUUCACAUUUUGCAUCCUGGGAGUCCGAGUGAGCAGAUCAAGUGUUUCCUUCUUUUCAGGGUGGAUUCAAAUGCAAACAAAAAAGUCGGAUUUUUGCCUUUUCAAGCAGCAGACAGAACAUGUGCACCAGAGAGCGACUUUUACGAAAUGACUUCCGUAGGUAUUGUUUUUUGUAACAUUUCUUUUCAGGGUUUAUCUCAACCCAAACAAAGUAAAUAACGUGUUUUGUCCGAACAUGAACAAACUCUUAUUUUGUAUUAAAACUGGAAAAACAAAAAAACAA